AUGGCCCGCGAAGAUGCUGUUUACCUGGCCAAGCUCGCCGAGCAGGCUGAGCGUUACGAAGAGAUGGUCGAGAACAUGAAGGAGGUUGCCUCCACUGAUGUAGAGCUCACCGUCGAGGAGCGCAAUCUCCUCUCCGUCGCUUACAAGAACGUCAUCGGUGCCCGUCGUGCGUCCUGGAGAAUCGUCACCUCCAUCGAGCAAAAAGAGGAGUCCAAGGGCAACGGUCCCCAGGUUACCCUUAUCAAGGAGUACCGCCAGAAGAUCGAGACCGAGCUCGCCAAGAUCUGCGAUGACAUCCUCGAGGUUCUCGACAAGCACUUGAUCCCCUCUGCCCAGAGCGGCGAGUCCAAGGUCUUCUACCACAAGAUGAAGGGUGACUACCACCGUUACCUUGCUGAGUUCGCCAUUGGCGACCGCCGCAAGGGCGCUGCUGAUGCCUCCCUCGAGGCCUACAAGAGCGCUACUGAGGUCGCUCAAACCGACUUGGCCCCUACUCACCCCAUCCGUCUCGGUCUCGCCCUGAACUUCUCCGUCUUCUACUACGAGAUCCUCAACUCCCCCGACCAGGCCUGCCACCUGGCCAAGCUUGCUUUCGAUGAUGCUAUUGCCGAGCUUGACACUUUGAGCGAGGAGAGCUACAAGGACUCCACCCUGAUCAUGCAGCUUCUCAGAGACAACCUGACGCUCUGGACCUCGUCGGAGGCCGAGACGGCUGCUCCUGAGUCCAGCGCUCCUGCCGAUAAGGAGGAGGCUGCUCCUGCUGAGGAGAAGCCCGCUGCCGAGUAA